AUGCUUGGAAUGAGAGACGAAGCAGUUGAAGAAAUUAUGCAUCAACGAAUGGAUAUUAAAGAUGUAUUAUUAGAGUCAUUAGGAUAUCAUAUAUUUCCAAUUUUUUAUUCAUUAGGAAUAAAUGAUAGAUAUGAAUCAAUAAUAAAGAAGUAUUAUAAUUUUCAUAAAGACCAUGCUAUUUAUAUGAAAGAUAAUGUAACUCAAGCUAUUGAUUCUAUGAAUUGGGAAGAAUUAAGUGAUUUAUUUAAAUUUGAAGAAGAAUUAAAAAAGUCAAGUACAAAAGCUGGAGUAAAUAUAUUUGAAGUAUUAAGACAACUUCAAGACUCACUCAUUCAUUCAUUUGAAAAUAAUAAAUUUAUUCAAGAAAAAUGUAUUAAUAAAAUUCAAAAAAUCAUUGAAAUGUAUCAACCCAUAGUAACAGAACUCAUUGAUAAUUGUGAUAGACACGCUUAUUUUUGUGAAAUUUUUUAUUCUUUACCCCACCUUCAACUAGUUUCUCCAUUUUAUGAUAUUGAAAGAAAUAAUCAACAAUAUCAACAACUUUAUUCAUUAAAUCAAGUUCUUGUUCUAUUACAAAAAACAAAAGAACCUUAUCAAUUUAAAGAAUUUAAUAUAGAAGGAGACCUUAAUCAAAUGAUUAUUAAAACAAUGAAUUGUAUUGUUCAAGAAAAGGUUAAAGAAGGAAAUGAAUUAUUAGAAUCAAUCUGUAAAUGGAUUAACACUCAAUUUAAUAAUCUCACAGAAGAAGAAUAUCUUCUUAUAAGAAGAAAUUUAUUACUCACAAUUGAAACUAUUGGAUUUACAUUCUUCUUAAUAAAAAAGAAUAACUCAUUUAAUCAAAACCUUAUUAAUCUUUUAAAUGAAUUAAAGAAAGAAAAGUCUGUUAAUGUCACUGAACAAUCUUCAGAGAUAGAAAAGAAAUUUGUGUCAGAAUAUUCUUCUUUUAAUAAAGAAAUUAGUUUAAUUAUCGAACGUUUUAAAAAAAUUAACUAA